CGCAAAUUCCACUAUUGUGGCUAAUCCUUAUUGUGACUAGCUUUAGAUAGGUAUUUUCACCGAUGACAGCCGUAGGAUGGAGGCAGUAUUAGCCAAGUAUGAAAACCAGAUAAACGUGUUUUCGGAGUUCCUUGAAGACUUGCCUGACACAGAUGAACCUGUGUGGGUUUUAGGAGAGUGUUACAAUGCUAAAACAGAAAAGAUAGAGCUACUAUCAGACGUCCACUCGCGGUUAUGGUUUACCUACAGGAAAAAAUUCUCUCCCAUAGGGGGAACAGGCCCCUCUUCAGAUGCAGGCUGGGGAUGUAUGCUACGCUGUGGGCAGAUGAUCCUUGCACAGGCCCUGGUAUGCUCACAGCUGGGACGAGCCUGGCGUUGGAGGGCAGACGGAGGACAGCCGGAGGACUACCAUCGUAUCCUCCACUGUUUCCUGGAUAGGAAAGACAGCUGUUACUCCAUACACCAAAUGGCUCAGAUGGGAGUUGGUGAAGGAAAGUCUGUAGGAGAGUGGUAUGGCCCAAACACAGUUGCACAAGUGCUCAAGAAACUUGCGCUAUUUGAUGACUGGAAUUCUCUUGCUGUGUAUGUGUCAAUGGACAACACCGUGGUGAUCGAGGACAUCAAGAAGCAGUGUCGCCAGGCAAGCAGUGAGAGCAGAUUUCGGCCGAGACCCUGUGGCUGGCAGGAACCCUUCACCUCUAGGGAAACACCAGAACAAGCCUGUUCUCACACGGAUGGGAACAGAGCCACGACGUGUCCACAUUCCCAGUUCCAUUCUGACUGGAGACCCCUACUGCUGGUCAUACCACUCCGCAUGGGAAUCAACCACAUCAACCCUGUCUACAUCCAGGCCCUCAAGGAGUGUUUUAAAAUGCCACAGUCCUGUGGUGUGCUGGGAGGAAAGCCCAAUCUGGCCUAUUACUUCAUCGGAUUUGUAGGAGAGGAGCUGAUCUACCUGGACCCCCACACCACCCAGUCAGCUGUGGAGGCUGAGGCUGAGGCUGGCAGUGGAGUGGAUGACCAGAGCUACCACUGUCUGAGGAGCCCACGCCGCAUGAAGAUCACCAACCUGGACCCCUCUGUGGCCCUGGGAUUUUUUUGUAAGAGUGAAGAUGACUUUGACAGUUGGUGUAACCUAGUCCAGCAGGAGAUUCAGAUGAAGAGGAACCUGAGGAUGUUUGAGCUGGUGGAGAAUCACCCGCCCCACUGGCCCCCCUUCGUUCCUCCCACCAAACCAGAGGUCCAGACCACAGGGGCAGGUAUGAGCUUACCCACCCGACAGAUCCAAUAACAAGCAAUCCUGGCCGCAAAUAUCAAGCAUCCACUCUCUGAGUUCAUCGAAUCGACCGACAAGCUGUUUGAGUCUGAAGAGGAGUUUGAGAUCCUCAACGUGUGACCAGCCUCCCUUUCGCUCCCCUCCGCUCAUUCCAGUGGAUGAUGGUGAUUGGGUGGAUUCCCUUGGCUCCCAUGUUCCAUACUGUGCUGUAGAAGUGCCUCAGAACAACACCAAGCACAAACUGCUUACCACUUUGCAAAAAAACACUAACAACCCAGCAAGAGACAAUUAAAAACUAGGAAAGAUCCUAGACAACUUAAGACAGAAUUUGUUAUUUUUUAAUUAUUUAUAUUUCUUAAUUUUUGGGGGGGUAAUAAUUUUUUUUUUAACUGCAUUGUUUAAGGGCUUGUAAGCAUUUCACUGUAAGGUCUACACCUGUUGUAUUUGGCGCAUGUGACAAGUAAAAUUUGAUUUGAAGGCAGGAACAUGUAUACAGUAAAUACAAACUUGGACUGUCUCGUUUUUUUGUUGUAACCAGGAAACAAAGCCAGGGACCAUGGUUGUCUCUACAUGAAACAGGCUGUCUUUGUCUGUGUUAAAGACUUGUUUAAUGAACAAGAGAGACGAAGACCGUUCAGAUGCAUGAAACGCAUUGUACUGUAAGAUGUACAGUGAGCCUACUCUCUGCUGCAGCAGGGAAAGGACCUAGGUGAAGACAGGCACGAGGAUAUGUCUGAAGAAGCUAUUUCCUCAGCACGCACUACCUCCUGACACCAGGAGACAGAAAUAUGCAGACAGUGUUAAAAUACAAAACAUACAACCAAUAACUUGUUUAUUAAGAAAAGUGCCUCUGAAAUAUAUUUGUGUUCAAUGGUUGGGGAGGGUAAGGGUUUUCCCAAGGUGUGGGAUGUGGAACACUCAUGUAAAUAUGCCUGACAAUAAAGCUAUUUAAACACUUUG